UUGGCUGUGAGAGCAGCGAAGGUUCCGGGGAGAGAUUGUGCUUUAGACGUCCAAUUCCCAUUUGCACUUGGAUGAAGUGGUUAGAGCUGAAACGGGAGAGCUGGAGUCAAAUCGUUUAACUCAAAUAUCUGGGAACGACUUCGCGCUGUGCAAAACGCUCUAGGACUUGUAGUUCCUCUCCCGGGAACCGACUCGCCGGACUGACAGCUGCCGGAAGUGAGGCUGCGCGGAAUGGCCGCCGCUGCGACGAUGGCGGCGGCUGCCCGGGAGCUGGUGUUGCGGGCCGGGGCCUCGGAUAUGGAGGAGGAGGAGGGCCCACUGGGGAGUGGUCCUGGUCUUCAGGAGCCAUUGCAACUUGGAGAGUUGGACAUCACCUCUGAUGAAUUCAUCCUGGAUGAAGUGGACGUUCACAUUCAGGCAAAUCUGGAGGAUGAGUUAGUAAAGGAGGCUCUUAAAACGGGUGUGGAUCUCCGUCACUAUUCAAAGCAGGUUGAGCUGGAGUUACAGCAGAUUGAACAGAAAUCCAUUCGAGAUUAUAUCCAAGAGAGUGAGAACAUAGCAUCGCUGCACAACCAGAUCACAGCCUGUGAUGCUGUCCUUGAGCGCAUGGAGCAGAUGUUGGGAGCUUUUCAGAGUGACCUCAGCUCCAUCAGCUCUGAGAUCCGGACACUACAGGAACAGUCAGGAGCCAUGAACAUUCGGCUUCGAAACCGCCAGGCAGUUCGGGGGAAACUUGGGGAGCUUGUCGAUGGUCUCGUGGUGCCCUCUGCUCUGGUCACGGCAAUUCUGGAGGCGCCAGUGACAGAGCCCAGGUUCCUGGAGCAGCUGCAGGAGCUGGACGCCAAGGCAGCCGCAGUCCGAGAGCAGGAGGCCAGAGGCACCGCUGCCUGCGCAGAUGUCAGAGGCGUGCUCGACCGGCUCCGGGUCAAGGCAGUGACGAAGAUCCGGGAGUUCAUCCUUCAGAAGAUUUAUUCCUUCAGAAAACCCAUGACCAACUAUCAGAUCCCCCAGACGGCCCUGCUGAAGUACAGGUUCUUCUACCAGUUCCUGCUGGGCAAUGAACGAGCCACAGCCAAGGAGAUGAGGGAUGAAUAUGUGGAGACGCUGAGCAAGAUCUACGUGUCUUACUACCGCUCCUACCUGGGGCGGCUCAUGAAGGUGCAGUAUGAGGAAGUCGCUGAGAAGGAUGAUCUAAUGGGUGUGGAAGACACGGCGAAGAAAGGAUUCUUCUCGAAGCCAUCCCUUCGCAGUAGGAACACCAUCUUCACCCUGGGGACCCGUGGCUCUGUCAUCUCCCCCACUGAACUGGAGGCCCCCAUCCUGGUGCCCCACACCGCCCAGCGGGGAGACCAGAGGUAUCCAUUCGAGGCCCUCUUCCGCAGCCAGCACUAUGCCCUCCUGGACAAUUCCUGCCGUGAAUAUCUUUUCAUCUGUGAAUUCUUUGUUGUGUCUGGCCCGGCUGCACACGACCUCUUCCAUGCCGUCAUGGGCCGGACGCUCACCAUGACCCUGAAACACCUGGAGUCCUAUCUCGCUGACUGCUAUGAUGCCAUUGCUGUUUUUCUCUGUAUCCACAUUGUCCUCCGAUUCCGCAAUAUUGCAGCUAAGAGGGAUGUUCCCGCCCUGGACAGGUACUGGGAACAGGUGCUUGCCCUGCUGUGGCCACGAUUUGAGUUGAUCCUGGAGAUGAACGUCCAGAGUGUCCGAAGCACUGACCCUCAGCGCCUUGGGGGACUGGAUACUCGGCCCCACUAUAUCACACGUCGGUAUGCAGAGUUCUCCUCUGCUCUUGUCAGCAUCAAUCAGACAAUUCCCAACGAACGGACGAUGCAGCUGCUGGGACAGCUACAGGUGGAAGUGGAGAAUUUUGUCCUCCGAGUGGCAGCUGAGUUCUCCUCAAGGAAGGAGCAGCUUGUGUUUCUGAUCAACAACUACGACAUGAUGCUGGGUGUGCUGAUGGAGCGGGCUGCAGAUGACAGCAAAGAGGUUGAGAGUUUCCAGCAACUGCUCAAUGCUCGGACACAGGAAUUCAUUGAAGAGUUGCUGUCUCCUCCUUUUGGGGGUCUGGUGGCGUUUGUGAAGGAGGCUGAGUCUUUGAUUGAGCGUGGACAGGCUGAGCGACUUCGAGGGGAAGAAGCCCGGGUUACUCAGCUGAUCCGUGGCUUUGGUAGUUCCUGGAAAUCAUCGGUGGAGUCUCUGAGUCAGGACGUAAUGCGGAGUUUCACCAACUUCAGAAAUGGAACCAGUAUCAUCCAGGGAGCGCUGACCCAGCUGAUCCAGCUCUAUCAUCGCUUCCACCGGGUGCUGUCGCAGCCCCAGCUCCGAGCCCUCCCCGCCCGGGCUGAGCUCAUCAACAUUCACCACCUUAUGGUGGAGCUCAAGAAGCACAAGCCCAACUUCUGAUGUGCUGGACCCUCUGAUCCACCAGCCCUCUCCAUGGACUUCUGUACCCCACCCCAUACCCUUCUUCACCUGGGGUCCUUCUUCCAGUUCUCCCCUUGCCUCCCAGGUCCUUGACGUGCCUCACCCUGCCUUCAUUCCCAGGACCCUACCUCAUCAGGAUAAGCUGGAUCCACUUGGCUUUCUGAAUCUUCCAGUGUCUUUAGGUUUCCCAGGACCACUUCCCCCUGGGCUUCCAAAACGACCUUUUUCAUUUUCCCGAUUUUGCGCCCCUCCUCUCCCCCCGCCCGGCCCCAACCUCCAAGGCUCUGCUCUUCCCCCAGUAAAACCUUCACUGCCUCAGUCUCUGGUUCACUCAACUCUUGUCACCGUGUUCUGAGGUGUGAAGCCUCAUUUCUUGGAAUUGGUGGCAAGGGGAGAAUGCCUCUAAGUCAUUUUUUUUUUUUUCAGUCAAAGUGAUUUCUGUAGCUUUUUGACCUAAGAUCUCAGCAACUUGAACACUAACCAGUCCCCUCCUGGCUUGAGAGUUACUCCAAGGUCAGUCUGCAGAAAACAAUAAAUAUUUAAUAUGACAUAA